AUGGACUAUAAGCAAAACUUUGUUACAAGUCCUAAUCCUCUCCCAGAUGGAAGGCACAACUCACUUCUAUAUACAGAUUUUUUAUCUUCAAACAAGGAACUUAUAUGCAAACAAUCUUUGGGUCCUCAGGAUACUGUUUAUAAUCUUCAUCAUCAAAACACUUUGCAUGAUCGUAGCGUUCAAGAAAACCUGGGUCCAAUGUUCCAACCCUUUGGUAUCGACAUUACUCGCAUGCCCGUGACCAAUCCUCCAAUUUUCCAAAGUUCUUUGCCUGCGUUCGACCAGCCCCUGCACAAAAGACGUAUAUCGAUUUCCAACGGUCAAAUCAGUCAAUUAGGCGAGGAAUUUGGAACUAUCGAAAACUUUUACAGCUGUCAAGCCUCGUUUCCAUUAUCGAGAGCACAACAAAAUCACGAUCCUCAACAGAUGGUAAAUUCAAGCACAAGCACAUAUCCAAGCUUCAGUUCGGGCGAGUUGCAGGACAUGGUACAACCACAGACACAAACUACCAUCGUACCUGAAGUUGUGCCUCAAACAAGUAAUAAGAACGUAUAUCCUCUAAUUACGCCUUUUGAUAGCAAUGUCAAGCUUAAUUCAUCCGCAAUAGCAGCGACUGUUGUACCCCCCUCUACAACUUCUCACAUUACACUUGACAAUUCUGCAAUUAGUCAUGCUUACAACAACAUGCAACCCCAAUUGGGAGCACAAAGACAAACUAAGAUAUGGAAACAUGCCCAGUUAAGCGUGAAUCCUUGUACACCAGCUUCUGACUCUUCAGUUUCCUCUUGUUCCUCCUGUCAAAAUACUUAUGAUCAUAGCAACGAAAAUAAAUCCAUUCCAUCUAUUCAUUCUUCAAAAUCACGUAAUAUCAAUAAUAAUACCACCAAUAUGGCCAGCCGAAAUGUCGGUAUGAUUAAUGCAACCGAUCUUCCAUACGAAUCAAAACCUUCUGAUCUUAUUUUAACAGAUGUUUACUCAAACUCAUCAAAUGACGAAACUGUUUCUACGCUCAGCAACAGUAGAAAAAAUGAGAUACUCUCUCACAGCAAACAUAUCACAUCAUCAACCGUAGCGCCUAUGCGUACAACAGCAUCUUCUCAAAUUGAACAAGACCCUAGACUCCAAAAAAUCAGCAGCAAUACUGGUGAUUUCGAGGACAGUGCAAAAGCUCGGAAACGCGCAAGACUAUUAGAAAGAAACAGAAUCGCUGCUUCUAAAUGUCGGCAAAGGAAAAAAAUGUCUCAGUUGCAACUAAGAAAGGAAUUUGACCAAUUAAGCGAAGAGAACAUAAUCAUGAAGAAGAAACUAGAGUAUUACGAAAAAUUGGUUCAAAAGAUGAAAAGAUUUUCAAGAUUGCAUAUGCAAGAAUGCACAAGCAAAGUGAAGAACAAUGGUUCUGGGAAAUUUGAACACAGAGAUCGUGGUACCAAUGCAUUUUUGAAAAUAAUUGAAGAAAUGAUAAGUUCUUCCACUCUAGAGGAUGAGUAG